AACGCUUCAAGACUAGAGUGAAUGUUAUGCAAACAUAAACAUCUAUAUCAACAUUGAACACAUUUUGUGUGAUGGAAAGACUGGCCCCAAAUUCAACAGGAAAAUGUAUUCAGAUGUGUCCUGCAAGGGAAAAAGAAAUGAGGAUUAGAGAAAAUCUCAUUCACCCACUGGAAAAAGUCUACAGAUCUGAAAGGUCAGUACUUGAUCCUGCUUUUAUGGUCAAGUCCUACAGUCGGUCUGCCGCAGGGAGACAUGAAAUUCCAACACAAGACCUUCGACCUGGCCCAGUGUUACACACAACUGUAGAGUACUUGCUGGGAAGGGUAGCCCAAAAUAAUGAACGUCCCUGGGCCGAGGUUUACGACUUCAUCUUUGAUAGACUGAGGGCGGUCAGGCAAGACAUGACGAUACAGCAAAUGGACGGACCAGAGGCGAUAACUCUGCUAGAAUAUGCUGUGAGAUUUUACAUCUAUGCUGAAUACAGGUUAUGUGAGGAGCCGAUUGACAAAUAUGAUCCUAAAAUCAAUGCCCAGCACACACAGGAAUGUCUCAAGCAGUUACUGUCCUUUUAUUCAGCCUGCGAUAGUUGUUCUGAAAACAGGGUCGAGUUUGAGAGCCUUUAUCUGUUAUUCAAUCUGGGUCAAACUGAGGCAUUACAGCAUUACUAUGAACUACCAAGUGAUAUAAGGAAAGACAAAGUUCUGAAGCAGACCUUCAGCAUAUGUUUAGACUACUACUUAAGAAAUUACAUCAGAGUCCUGAGAGGGUUGAAGUCAGAGUGUUUUACACAGCACCCUCUUCUGUUAUGUGCCUUUCACAGAAAUCUGUCCCAGUUACAAAUGAAUGCCCUGAGAAUCAUGGCCCAUGGUUUUAGUUCUAAAGCCCUGAAGUACCCCCUACAUCACUUGGCUGACCAGCUCUGGUUUGACGAUUCGGACGCGUGUGUGUCCGUCUGUCAGUUCUGUGGACUUCAAAUCCAGGACCAGGAAUGGGUUGUCUUCCUCAAAACUUCAUUCAGAGAACCAGAGAAAAAGAUUCAAUCAGUCCACGUCUCAGGAAUAGAUUCCCUGUUGUGCCAGAGACCUCUGUGUAAGCUCCUCCUCCACAAAGACAAACCAAUAGAGCUCAGUGUUUUAAAACAAAGGACAGAUAACUCAUGUGAACCUCCUAUGCCAGUCCCACCGUGUGGGGUUUUUACAGAGUACAACCAAGCCUCAAACUUAAGUAAGCCUCAAACUGGACGAGGAAGGGGGAGGGGGAGAGGAAGAGGGAGGGGGAGAACAGGUCAAGAAGAGAAAUAUUCAAUGCCAAAAGGUCAAAGUGAAAGGACAUGUCAAGGUCAGGUUUCUGGUGUCAACUUAUUAGAAUACGAAAGUGAAAAUAAGACAAACAUGUGUGAAAAUAACAUGGAAAAUGAAAGAGUCAGAAGUGAGAUGAAUGCGACUUUUGUGAAGAAGGAAAAUAAACAGUCUGUUUUAAGGAACACUGAAAGGUUCACUGGUGAAUCAUGGGAAGAGGAACUCUUCACUACUGAAGAUAUGAAAAUACCAACAACUUAAGAAAAUUGAAUUUAGAUGUGUAUUUGUUCAUGAUUUUUUUUUAUCUAUGAUUUAUUAUUUCAAUUUCUUAUCAAAUCAAGAAUUUUGAUUUUUUUUAUGUGUACACACUUUUUAGAAGGUACAUACAUGUUUUUUUAGUCGAAUUUUAAGAGAAAUUCAAUUGUAUCAUUUUAAAAUGCAUUUCUUUUUUUAUAUAAUUGAUUGCUUUUGCAUUCUAAUAUUAUUUACUUUGUUUUGAAAUUGUGAAUAAAAU